GCGCAUGCGCAGACCCUCUGGGCAUGCUCCGUGAGCCGCGGGCGCGCGGUGCGGGCGGAAGUGGGGUGGCGGCGCCGCGGUGGUUUUGUUCUCGUCGGCGCUUGGAGAGAGAGAAAGCAGCAAUGCCUGUUCAGUUGCUCAAGAUCAUUAAAGGAGAAUCUGAGACUCCACUACCAAGCCACUUGCAGAAAGAGGAUUUAAAAUGCUUGCAAGAAGGAUUUGAUUACACGAACAAAUACUUUCAGGGAGCAGUCAUUCUUUCUUACCCAUUAACGAAACUUAGAGAUGGGUCAGAUUUUUUCAAGGUUGUUCUUCAAGAUUUGAAUAACUCAUGUUCAAGGAUCAACAGCAUCAAUGUUUUAAUAUAUGGAAAAAUGGCAGAAGAUUGUGCAAAAGUUAUACGUCAUGGGGACACCUUCGUAGUUGCUGGCUUUAAGUUGUCAAAAUCGCCUACAGCAAGAGAAGAUGGCAGACAUGGUUGCCACCUGGAGGUGUCUGAAGAAGCUGGAUCAGGCAUUUAUAUUUAUACUAAACGGAGCACAAGUGCUGCUUCAGAAACUGCAUCUGUGUCUGUUGCACCAAAAUAUGUGUAUACACCUCUGAAUCAUCUUAAAGAUGGAACUGUAGUGAAUUUGUAUGGAAUUGUGAAAUUCUUCAAGCCUCCAUAUGUAAGCAAAGGAACUGAUUACUGCUCAGUUGUAACACUUGUGGACCCAUCAAAUGCAAAGUUAACAUGCACUCUUUUUAGUGGAAAUCUAGAUUCCCUUCCAAAAAUUUACAAAAUUGGAGAUAUUGUUCGAUUUCAUAGAAUAAAGAUCAGGGAAUACAAUGGACAAAUGCAGGGAAUUACCAGUGGGGGAUUUGCAUCCUUGACAUUUGAUGGCACUGUAGGCGCACCUGUAGUUCCUCGAACCUCUAGUAAAUUGUACACUUUCUUGGAUGAAGAGCAUAAAACAAUAGAAGAACUACGUGCUUGGGCAGCUAGUAAUCUUUCCAUCUCUGGACCUGCAGCAAAAUUAUCUGGUGUUCAGCCAAUGCUGUUCUUUGACCUCACUUGCCAGCUGGUAGGGAAAGCAAGAGUGGAUGGAUCUUCUUUUCUUCUAAAGGUAUGGGAUGGAACAAAAUGCCCCUACCCGACGUGGAAGGUACCUGUGGAAGCAAGAGACCUGGAAGGAGAAAAAGGUCUCCUUCAUCAGCUGCGACAUCUAACAGUGGACAUUCUAGUCUAUGAUAACCAUGUACAACUGGCAAAAUCACUUAAGAUUGGGAGUUUUCUCAGAAUUUACAGUAUUCAUGCAAAGCAAGCAAGUACUGACAACCAAGAUGUAUCGCAUGUAGAGUUCCAUCUUCAUGGUGGCACCUGUUAUGGUCGAGGAAUAGGAGUCUUGCCAGAAAGUAACCCAGAUGUUAAGGAACUAAAAGCAUUCUUGGAAUCUGUGGAUCUGGCAGACAGUCAGAAUGUGGAAAGCAUGUCUUCAGUGGAAUUAGAUGGCAUUUUUAGCAAUGUUACAGAUCUUCAAUCACACUUACAGAGAUGUCAGCAAUUAUCUGUAACAGUAUUAACAGAUCAUCAGGAUUUGAAUAACACUGAACUGAAAACUAUUCUGAACAGCACUGCUCCUCAACAGUACCGCAUUAGAGCAAAGCUGAGAACUUUUAAACCUCAGAAGCUCCAUCAGUGUAUUAAACUUUUUUGUUCCAGAUGCAACUCUUUGAAAGAAGUUCCAGAUGGAAGUGACUUUGACUUAAUUUUACAAGAUUCUGCACCUACUGCCCCAAACCCAGAAUUACACAAUACAUCCUGGUAUGAUUCUGUUAUGUGGACUACACAACAUCAGAAACAAAGGAAAAUAGCUAUUCAUUUUGUAAAGCAUGAUGAAAUGCUUCAAGAGCCUGAAGAUACUUUGCUUAUGAUAGAAGGUGGAACACUAAAAGAAGUCUCGAAGCUUUCAAGAAGAUUUAAAUGUGUUAUUCCUGUCAGAUCCACUGAAGAUGAUCUUGAAUUAUUAGAUCUUUCAGCUCCUUUUCUUUUACAGGGGAGUGUGAAAUAUUAUGGGUGCAAGCAGUGCUCAACUCCAAAGACUAUCAAGAGCCUAAGUUCCCUUGCAGCAGAGCAACGACCAUCAUGGGAACUGACUGAAAUAGCACAAGUUUUAGGUAUUGUGCCACUCCAGUAUGUUUUUAUUAUGAAGUUUACACUAGUUGAUGGAACAGGAGCACUAAAUGCAUACCUUUUUGAUUACGAAAAGUUUUUCCAAAUUCCUGCCUCUGAAAUCUUAACUAAUGAUUUUCUUCAGCAAAAGAUGCAGAUGACCAUGAAUACACUCUGCCCUCCAGGAAGAAAACUAGGUGACUUGCCAUGGCUGGAAUGUUUCAUCAAGUCCUAUAACAUCACAGAUGGAAUGAAACAUCAAGUUUAUUACCAAAUUUUUGACACUACAGUUGCUGAAGAUGUUGUAUAGUGAUGUUUUGCUAAUAAGCCAAACAGUAAUGGUCCAAUUUCAGUUGAAUCAUAGAGACAGCAUGAAAAAAAAAAAAAAAAGUGUUCUGUUCUUCAGAAUUCAAGUUUUUGUUUGUAUGCUAAAAUGAAUAGAAAUUACGCUUCAAUGUGGUUACUACUUGCCUGGCAUGCAGGCUUGUGAGCUGAUUGCAAGGGAGGUGGUAAGCUUUUCAUUGGAAGUUGCUUCGCUGAGGCUGAUGGAAGUAUUUUAAUAUCUAGCUGUUAUCCAGGUUACUGUGAACUGGUGUGAUGAGGUUACUCUGCACUGACUCUAUAGUCAGAAUGUUUUUGCUUUGUUCAUUUCUGUAUUAAAUUAUUUCAGCAGAGAUGGGGAAAAGGAGCUCUUCAGUAAACUUCUAUGCUCUCACAGUAGUUGGUGUAAAUAUAUGUUGCUGUUCUCAGCCAGUUGUCCUUUUUUAGAAAUGUUACAAUGUCUCUAAAAGGGAUCGAAGACUGUUAGCAUGCUUAUUAACUGGGUCUGUGUUUUCAAAGACUUCAUAUACUUGUCUAAAUUUACUGUCAAGAUUAUACUGCCCAGAUCUGUUUUAUGUCUUGCAUGAUCAGAUUACAUUACUAAUUUUGGAGAUAGCAAACUAAUCUAGUGAUACCAUGGCUUGAAAAUACUAUCAGAGUAAAAAAUAUUACUCUGUGGUUUCACUUUGCAUUCAGAAGUAUUUUACACAAAUUUGAGACAUGUUUCUCUAAUGAUAAUUAAUGUAGAAAUUCCUGUCAAGUCAAAUACUUCCUUUCAGAGCAAAAACACUUAAUAUUUACAACAGCUGUUUUUUAAGGGAAUUCAGAAGCAAGAUGUAAAUACUUGUAAGUAGAUUAUUAUUUUGAUAGUGGGUGACAUUUUUAAUUUUUCAGGGUUGUACAGUAGAUUAUACAAUUUCUUGUUUAAAAAAUCAUUUAAAUAUCUGCAGAUAAUUUUUUGAAUAUCUAAAAAUUUGCACUGGCUGUAAAUGCCAUAAACCUGGAGAUCAUGUUCUUUAUUGAUCAGUGUAUAGGGAGAACCAAUAUUAAAUGUGGUUAGUGGAUAUUAGCUUUCCAAAGCAGGGAAAAACUCAACUUCAGAAUGGAACAAGCAGUUUAUGAAAGAGCAGUAUUGGCUUAUGAAAGCUUGCCUGAAUCUGAGUAACUGCUUGAGUGAAAAACAGUGAAUAAUGACAAUAACUUACUGAUGGAUUAUUCUAAAUCUUUAGAUACUGGAAGUAUCCAAAUGAUUUCAGAACUUGGGGUUCACACUGAAGGCAAUUUUUUUUUUUUUUUUGCUUUUCUUGUAUAGUAUAUAUUGAAUCAUUGGAGAGAAUUUUUUUUUAACUGCAAUAGGAGACAUUUAUAGUGUACCUUUUUCUAAAUUUUGAGAAAUAAUGGAUAAAAGUGUAUAUUUUGAACUUCAAUGUAAAUAAUUGGUUUCACCAUGUCUCAUGUCUGAGAUUCCUGCCAUAACACUCUGAAAACAUUUUAAUAUUGCAUAUACAUCAUUUGAGUUUUCUGCUGUUGAAUAUUGUAAAUGUUUAAUAAAAAUUUUUAAAAUUUUUCCAAAUAA